GUCUGACUUCCUUGCAUUCUGAGUUUGGAUGGAUUCUUUGUUACAAAAGCUUUGCUCGCGAGUAAGCUAAUCUACCAAAACUCCCCUCACAUCCCACCGCUGCUCCUAAAUCUGCUCCCACAAACUACUUGCUCCCUCGUGCCACAAACCCGCAGAAUCAGUCCACAAUGUCUCCCUCAGCAAACGGCGGUCCCGCCGGUCACAACGGCAACGGCACACAGCACGGAGCACGGCCGGCUCUGACUCCCGGCCUCUACGUCCCGACAGUAGCAUUCUUCCGCUCCGACGACUCAGUAGACGUCGAAACCACACGCUCCCACGCCGUCCGUCUCGCCAAAGCCGGCGUCGCCGGCCUUGUGACCCACGGCUCCAACGGUGAAGCAGUGCACCUCGACCACGACGAGAGACAACUCAUCAACCGCACCACACGAGCCGCGCUCGACUCGGCCGGAAAGACUGAACUGCCUCUGAUUGUCGGUUGCGGCGCGCAGUCGACAAGAGAAACCAUCCAACUCUGCAAAGAGGCUGGUGCAUCAGGAGGCGACUAUGCGCUCGUCCUCCCACCAGCUUACUACGGUGGCCUCCUCACCACCGACCUCAUCCUACAACAUUUCCGCGAAGUCGCAGACGCAAGUCCGGUUCCCCUUCUCAUUUACAACUACCCUGGCGCCUGCAGCGGCCUCGAUCUCAACUCAGAUACCAUCAUCAACCUCUCGAGUCACCCCAAUAUUGUCGGCGUAAAGCUGACUUGCGGUAACACUGGCAAACUGGCGCGGAUAGCUGCUGCUACAGCCCCCAAGAAGGGUGACAACAGCACGACACCAUUCCGGACAUUUGGCGGUAGCGUCGAUUUCACUCUGCAAACACUCGUCGUCGGUGGACAUGGCAUCAUCGGUGGAACCGGAAAUAUUGCACCUCUUGCUUGUGUGAAGCUGAUGCAGCUUUGGGACGAGGGUAAGUUGGCAGAAGCGAGAGAGCUGCAGGCAGUUGUGGCCCGCGGUGACUGGACUGCUAUCCAAGGAGGAUUUGUCUCAGUCAAGGCAGCAUUGCAAGAGUACUACGGCUACGGAGGGCUUCCGAGGAAGCCUUGUACAUUGCUCGAGGGAGAGAGCCUGACAAAACAGAUUGAUGGAUUUUCUGAGUUGAUUCAGGCUGAGAAGGCAUUGCAAAAAUAG